AUGGAGCUGGAGGAGGCUGAGGCUGUUAGACCGAGCAAGAGAAAGUUUCACUAUCACAAGGCCUUUGGUGAAGCGGCAGAGUUUUUGCAGCUGCUGGGGCAGUGCAAUGCAUCGGCCAUCGCGAUCUACAUCCGAGAACCUACACCGGUGGAGCGAGACUACUACAUUGAGUUCGGGCUGGACAUCUACAACCCGCUGAAGACACCUCCUUUGACCGACAACUUCUGGCAGUGCACGGUCUACAGCGCCAACUCGGACUCCAACGGGAAUCGCAUCAUCAAGGCGUCCAAGGCUUUCCAAAGCUGGGACAUCGUACCUCAGCUCGAGAACUUGGAGGUGCGACUGCUGGGGCCAAAUACAGCAGCAGAGACCUUGUCGUCUAUCCACGUGGAGUUCACGCCCGUGACGACCGCAGAGGACAUUGCAAUACAGUUCCACGAGCCGAUGGACUUCGACUUCAGUGCGGCCUCCACGGAAGACGAGGACAACCAGGUCAUCUUUCUCAGGGAGGGGCCUCUCCUGCGCAUCCGCAUGGAUAUCAUACAAGGUGUCCGCACUAUCAUCGUGCUCAGGAACGUGUUGCUGGGGAAGAUCGGUGGGCAGACCGAUAUCUCCAUCACCACCUGGACGGGCGGCCUCUUCCAGAAUGGCAUCUGGCUGCCAGGCACAAAGCAGGACGAGCGGCUCAAUUUCCGGAAUGGCUUCCGCCUGCCCGGCAGAGUGGAAAUCCUCUACGACAAGUUGGAGAACACCUUCCAGCGGGAUCCGUUCACCUACCCGGAGCAGUCGCUCUGGAACACGCAAAUGGGACGCCCAGCCUAUGCAGAGUUCCAUUUCCACAUCUCGGUGCAAGCCGAGGUGGGCGACUUCCUGAUGAUCUCGGCCUGGCCGUUUCAGCCUACACGGAGUAUCUUUACGCUGGUUGAGAGCCCGAUUGGUCAGAGCAUCUCCAGCAAUGCGGUCGUCAAGAAGGCAGUUGCCAACGAGAUCACCACUGUCUUCGGUGGCCAAAUCCACGCCAGACUGUUGGAACCGCUCAUUCCAUACCGUCGCUACGAAGUGGUCACCUCUGUGAUCGCUCCCACAGCACAAGCGGCGAAGGACCAUGGCGCUGUAAUUCAGUGGUUCAUCGAGACCCGUGAUCUGGGUCAGCUGCCGACGAACACCAACGAUGGCAACUCACGCGAGUUUCCCAUUGUGGAGGAGUACCGCUUCAUGGUGUCGGCUGUUCGCUCGCCACCGCUCGCCUCGAUCAUCGUCAGCCUCGAUGUGACCCCAGCCCUCGAUGCGCCUACGCUGCUGCGCGUGAUCGCUCCACUCGGCUUCAACUUCACGGAGAACUGCAUUGGGCCGGGCGACUCAGUGUACAUCGAAGCGUGCGUGCCUGGACAGGUCACGCCCAGCGGUCGGAGCACGGCAGAGUUGACUGUCCGAGGAGCACCUGCCGUGGGACUGGAGGGCAUGGCCGUUGGCAUCCUGGUGCGGAUCGACUCCCCCACGCAGACGCCUGUUGCCAAAGAGUGGUUCAUAGAAGGUGUGGAUGCCUUGUCCGAUCGGCAGCUCGGUUGGGGUCAAGCUGACGGCAUUGACGUGCUGCCCAUGCAGGACACUAUGGUCAUCUAUCCGGGCUUCACUGGAGUCCGAAGUCGCAUCGUGUGGCGAUUCCGAACACGAGAGAUGGUUCAGGCCGGCGGCUACCUCGAGGUGCGCUUGCCCUUCGGCUUCGCGCCGGAAUGUUCCAUGGCCACCCUGGAGGCUAUCGCGCUUCCGAUUACAGGCGGUUGCCGGGUGGUGAAUGAGGCCUUGCUCUAUGUCUUCAUGAACACCACCAUGGUCCCCCGCGAGUACGUCUUUGCCUUCUUCCUCACACCUCCGGCCGCCACUCCGCUUUUCAACGAGCUGUCGAUCAUCUUGCGGGAUCGCUUUGGCGCUGUCUCGGAUGCUGCCGUGUCUAUCCCUGGGUCCAAAGUGCUCGACAAGCUGCGGAUCCGAGAGGGUCAGUUGCUCUGGACUUCCACGAAGCCAUUCCGCGAGUCGACCAUCACCGUGAGCUUUGACAUCUUGGAGUCUUUGCCUGAUCUAAUCGUCGCACCAGACCAGCAGAUCGAUGAGAUCCUGAUCACACUGCCCUACGGCUUCGUUCACUUGGUGGAGAAGCCGACGGACUUGCAGCUGAUGAACGAGAACAUGCCUCUGCGGGAAGUGGACUACCUGGACUACUUCCAGAAGGAUCGAAUCCGGAUAUCCUUGGAACUGAACCAGUCCUCGUGGGUCACGCUUUCGUCCGGCAGCUACGGCUUCCGUUUCAAUGUGAUGGUCCCUUCGCCACUUCCGACGUUUAACGUCUGGUUUGUGAGCCUCUGCAGUCCGAGCUACCCGGAGGGCUGCUCGCAAAUCACAGAUCCGGCAGUGAUGGCCACGUUCGCAAUGACCGGUCGCCUCCCUCCUGGUUCUGCUGGCUCUGAGCGCAUCAACCAGAUGAGCUUCGGGCGCCAUGCGCAGAAUCGCACCCACAUCCGCCAGCUUUUGAAACCGUUGAAACUCAGCGAUGUUUUCAAGCUGCGGCCGGACAACCUGGGAGACGGAGCGGCUGGCCGCAAGAUAGGAGCUUUCGAGAAGAGCCAGGCUCGAGGACGGGAGCGCUUCGGCGAGCGCUGCCUCGUGGAUGAGCGUGGGAAGCCUGCCCUGACCUACAUCACACCAUUGUCCUUUGCCUCACGGAGCUUGCAGGAGUUCGCCGAUUCCUACGCCAUGUUAAUGAUCCUUGCAAGUGUCCAAGGGGCUUUUGCUGGGGCGUGGGAGCGGGGGUACACAGAUCAGCGCGUGCUCCUGCGGGAGAUCCGGCUCGAGCCCGAUGUGGUGGUUCUCCUCAUCAACGAGCUCGUUCAGCUGGGCUUGUUUCCUGGGAGUUUGUGCUCGUCGUCCUUGCGAUUUGCAGCUGCCCUGGCACGGCAGACGAGGCGAUUCCAUCUGCGCAAGAUGAACCUUGCAUCGGCCGAGGUGCAAACCGCGCUGCGGCAGCUUGGCAAACUAGACGCCUUUCUGGUCGAGGACUGCACUUUGGGGGCAGAGGGCUUCAAGCAGCUCGAGGAGGUCCUUCGGAGCUGUGUUGAGCUGUCGUUUCUCCGCUGCCCCUUGGGUGCCCUACCACCAGGAUUCACCGAGCUGGCUCCACGCGCACUGCGGCUCCGGAGCUGCAAACUGGAUGCAGACGCCUUGUCCGAGAUGAGCACAGCAGUCAGGGCCCAGCCAGAGCUUUCGGCAGUGGAGCUCCUCACGGCGUUACCCGGCAAAGGCACAGAAGGAGAGGGCCCGGCUACUUCGCUGGUCAGCCGGAAGAUGGCCCUGAACCUUCUGGCUCUGGACCUCUCGGAAAAUCACCUGGCAGGCGCUGGCCGCACUAUGGCGCUUCUCCUCCGCUACUGCCACCAACUUGCGCUGCUCCAGCUGGAAGACUGUGCACUAAGCUUGGAAGACCUCACGCUGCUCUCCCGCGCGUUGGCUCGCUCUCGUGCCCGGGUGUUGCCGAGUGUUUCGGAAGCCAAGGUUUAA